AUGAAGCAGCUCCGCUUGUUGCACCUGAGAAACACCAAGCUGACAGGCUGCAUCCCGCUGGAGAUUGGCAACAUGACAGAAUUGUUGACCAUGGACUUGUCACAGAACUAUUUGCAAGGGCAGAUACCAGAUACAGUAUCUCGUUUGGUGAAACUAAGAAUCUUGGAACUGUCAAAGAAUCAGCUCGGAGGCCACAUUAUCCCUGAGCUUGGGAAUAGCAGCAUCAUAUCAUAUAUCAACAUUGCACGCAACAGCUUCUCUGGGGCGUUCCCGCCAUCCAUCUGCAUGGGAGGGGCACUGACCGUAGUCAAUGCUGAAUACAACAGAUUUACAAGCCUUGACGAUCUGACCUUUCAAAACUGCACGACCCUGGAGCAUGUUGAAUUCACCGAAAACAACAUUGUUGCAGACCUAAGAGGUGCAAUACCUUCUUGGAUAAGUAAGAGCUUGCCCAGACUAAGAUUUCUUCUACUCUCAUCAAACAUGUUUGAUGGCAUCAUACCACCGCAGAUAUUACAAUUUCGCCAACUCCAGCUGUUGGACUUGUCAAAAAACAAGCUAACUGGACCCAUCCCAAACGAUUUUGCAAACUUCACUGGCAUGACGCAAGAACAAGUUGGAAACAUGACAUACCGCUUCCUGCAAGCAGAGAAGCUCCAAAUAGUUUGGAAGAAUGGGGGUUAUGUUUACACCAGCACGAUAGCAUUCAUGGCAGGUAUCGACUUAUCCUGCAACCUUCUUUCACAAGAGAUCCCAAAAGGGCUCACAACACUUCUUGGAGUCAGAUACCUAAAUUUGUCAAGAAACCAUCUAUCAGGUGGUAUUCCGAGAGACAUUGGCAAUCUGGCAUUGCUAGAAUCGCUGGACCUUUCACAGAACCAACUCUCGGGGGAAAUUCCUCCAAGUAUUGCAGAUCUGAAGGACCUGGGCACUCUGAACCUCUCGAGCAACGGUUUAUCUGGGAGGAUACCAACAGGAAGCCAGCUGCAGACAUUCUUAGAUCCUUCAAUAUACAGCAAUAAUCAUGGGCUAUGCGGUUCUCCAUUGCAGGACUGUGUAAAUCCAUCAGCAUCAAAGCAGAAUGAAACAGACCAAGAUGAAGAUAGGGAGACAUUGUUGCUGUAUUGCUUUGUGGCUGCUGGGGUUAUCUUUGGAUUCUGGCUAUACUGGAGCAUGCUCUUAUUUUGCAAUAAGCCAUGGAUAUGUGAGUUCUAUCAACAAAUCGACAACAUACAAGAUAAGAUUGCUAUUUCUAAGUCAUCUGAUCAAUUCGUAGUUCUAACUAAGCCAUGGUUCUAA